ACGGUAGCUCAGAAGGAGGCUGAAGCAGUCGCCAAGGAUGUUGAGGAGAAACUGAAUUUGAAUGCUGAGGAGGGAGAGCAAGCUGAGGCUGCUCCUGCAGCUUCUACCGCUGCUAAGAAAAAGAAGCAUAAGAAGAAGAAGAAGAAGGUUCCUCAGGUACAAACGGAACCUCCCAGAGUUGGAAUGUCGAAAAUUUUUGUUAACAAGAAAUACCCUGUUGGUGAGGAGCAUGAGUACAAUGAAGACAAUCUUUGGCGUACGACCGAUGAGGAAAAGCGUGCAGCUGAGCGUGCGAACUUUGACUUUUACAACGACCUUCGUCGUGCUGCCGAGGUUCAUCGCCAAGCUCGUCAAUAUGCUCAGAAAACAAUCAAGCCGGGCAUGUCUAUGACCGACAUUGCUAACUUGAUUGAGGAUUCGACUCGUGCUCUGUCUGAGGAGGAUGGUCUUAAGUCGGGUGUUGGUUUCCCUACGGGUUUGAGUUUGAACCAUUGUGCCGCUCAUUACACUCCCAAUGCUGGUGAUAAGCUUGUGUUGAAAGAAAAGGAUGUUAUGAAGGUUGAUAUCGGUGUCCACGUGAACGGUCGCAUUAUCGACUCUGCUUUCACUAUGACUUUUGAUCCUGUCUACGACGACUUGUUGGCUGCUGUGAAGGCAGCCACCGAAACCGGUGUUCGUGAAGCCGGUAUCGAUGCCCGUUUAAACGAAAUUGGUGAAGCUAUCCAAGAAACGAUGGAGAGUUAUGAGGUGGAAAUCAAUGGCAAGACGUUCCCUGUCAAGUCUAUUCGUAACUUGAGUGGUCACAACAUUGAUCCCUAUGUCAUUCACGGUGGAAAGAGUGUCCCUAUCGUGAAGGGCGGUGAAGAAGUGAAAAUGGAGGAAGGCGAGAUUUUCGCCAUUGAAACAUUCGGUAGUACCGGUCGCGGUAUUGUUCAUGAGGAUGGUGAGUGUUCCCAUUAUGCCAAGAACGCCAAUAUUCCACACAUUCCCCUUCGUCUGCCUCGUGCCAAGGCCUUGUUGAAUACUAUCAAUGAGAACUUUGGUACUCUGCCCUUCUGUCGUCGUUAUCUCGACCGUUUGGGCGAGACGAAGUACUUGCUUGCACUUAACAAUCUUGUUCAAGCUGGCAUUGUUCAAGAUUACCCUCCUUUGGUUGAUAUCAAGGGCUCCUACACGGCUCAAUUCGAGCAUACGCUUGUGCUCCGUCCCACCAAAAAGGAGGUUCUCUCUCGUGGUGAUGAUUAUUAG